GCCGCGCCCCUGAACGCAGCGUAAUGUCCUAGCUGCGCUCCCUGGCACCGCCCCGCUCUCUGACAUGCAUGUUGUAGUCUCGCAUUUCUUCACUGUUUAUAUUUUCUUUGAAUAAACGGGCUUCCUCACGGAGUGACACCUGAGCGCACGGCGGCACAAACACAAGCAGCAUCUCCGGCACCAGGCGCAGCCGCUGGACCCUCCUGAAGGUUUGAAGCGAUGUCGUCCGUGUGGCAGCAGGAGCCGUCAGGUUAUUCCCCCUGCGUAGAGAUCGACUCCAGCUCGGUGAGGUGCAAAGACAGGCUCGCCUCUCCGGCCUGGCUGAAGCAGGAGCAAGACGAACUCCGCAUCAUAAAGUGGGAGAACUUUCAAACAGGAGCGUCAGCCGAUGCCGUUCAGGACAACACGCCCAGCAGCGCCAUGUCGGCCGCCUCACAUGUGGAAAGCCUCCCCCCGAGGGUGCUGCUGACCAUCACCAAGCUGCAGUGCAUGCUGGAGAGCAAACAGGAGCGCAUCGCUGCUCUGGAGAGGCAGGUGGAGGACCUGAUGCAGGACCGCAAGUUCCUGAGGAGCCAGAUCGAAAACCUGACGAGUAACCGCUCCAUGCCAACGUUUGCGUCACCAAGUCCAAUGGCGGAAGCUCCGAAACCAAGCAAAGCACAGCACUCAGAAAACAAAUCCCGGAAGAGAGAACGAGCUUCUUGUACCUCCUCUGACAGCAGCGACAGCGGCUCCGAAGCGUCAGACUCUUCAGAAGUUUCGGCGGCGUCGAGUGAACACAGAAGGAAGAAACAUCAUAAAGACAAGAAAAAAUCAAGGAAAGGGAAAGACUACAGUAGGAAGAGAGCCACCGGUGUCCAGUAUGUCAUCCACCGCUACAAACAAGUCCUGUCGGCGUUCAUCAAGAAGAAAAGCAUGAGCGAAGCCUUCCGCCACCUCGGGAUCGACCGGAACACCAUCGCCAACACGGCGUCGAUCGCCGAGCUCCACCUGGCCGGCAAAGACAUGGUCCCUUUGGUGGGCAUGUUUCGCCAAGGAGAAGAGACUCUGGUCAGCUACGCACAUAGAUGCACCUUGGUCAUUGACACCGACGCUGAACUGUCCAGGAAAAUAGACCAGAUGAAGGCGAGUGGCGAGCUGCUGCCCAUCUCAGGGAAAAGGCCACGGGUGUUGCAUUCUCACCUGCCGCAGCUGGGGGGCACUGCAGAGAGCAUUUUGAUAGGUUGAUGAUGAGGAGUGAGACAUAACGCCUUCACUAAAUUAUAUUAUUGUUUGUUUUCUUGAAUCUGACGGCUGGAUUUAAAAUGUUUUAUGUAGCAUUUUUUGCAUUUUCUAAGUUGAUUUAUGCGUCAAAGGGGACAAAAAUGUUCAUUAAUUUCAGUAUAUUCUGUUCAAACACAUUAAGUGUGUGUGUUUUGUACCUUAUAACCAUAAAAUGUGUCCACAGUUGCUUUCACUAAUGGAUUUUUUAAAAGUAUUCAAGAGCAGAAGUGUGUGUAGUGUUAGGAACACCCACAAGAUGGCAGUGCACACAUGUUAGAUUUAUGUUUACUCUUGUCAUUUACUCCAAAAUGGUGGACAGUCAAUUUUCCAUUUUCCAGCUCCUGGUUUCUGUCUCUGUGUAACUUCAUGCUCAUUUUUUUUGACGCUGUAACUGAACUGAGUGAUUUUAAAAACCGAUGCAAAAGUGUGUUAAUGUUCCCGAGCUGCCAAACAAAUGAAAACACGUGUUUUGUUCGUGCAGAGAUUUCACUGCGUUGUGUUGCCUUUGUCAUCACACAGAGAGCUGAAUAUGUAACCCUGCAGACAGGGAGUCCAAAUUGGGUUGUUAAACAUCAGCAUCGGCACCGAAUCAUGUCAUCUGUAUCAGGAUUAAACGUGUCCCUGCUCUUUUCAGAGGCAUAUUUUCACUCUUGACCAGAGGAAUGGGCAGCAUCAGUUGUGUAGACAGAUGGGGAAAGCUCGGUAAGACAUCCUUGGGCGAUGAAACCGGCAAACUCAUGUGACAUCUACGUCCACCGUUUGGACACAGAGGAGAUGACGAUGGUAUGUGACGUAGAAGAAUACGCAAGAUGACAGCAUGAAAUGAAGGAACCCCGACCCCACCCUCAAAUCCUGUUGGUUAUUCGUCGGGUGACGCAGGAUGAACCAGACAUCUUUGGCACAAAGAGA